GAAAACGAAAAGAGGAGAGAGAAACAAGAAAGGGAAAGAGAGUGAGUGAGUUUACAACACACUGUCACUGCAACCUUUUCCCACAUCGUCUCCAUCGCGCUCUCUCUCUCUCUUACUUUCUCUCUCUAAAAUACGGACACCAUUUCGAUAUUCGAAGCAAACCUCCAUCCGUACGGAUCCCCAAAGCCUUUAAUCUCUCUCUCUCUACAUUUUUAUAAAACCCUUUUAUUUUCUCGCCAUUUUUCAUCUGGGAAUUUGUUUUACAGAAAAAAACCAUCGGAGAUGACAAUGCCAUGGUCCGAUUCCUUCACCGAGUCAACUCGGAACCCGACUCGCCGACCUCUGUCCAAAUACAUACCUCGGUACCUCCGAAACAGUGGCGACGGCGUGGGGUCGUACGGUUACGGCUACGCGCCCCCAACCGAGUUGGCCCAGUACGGCUUUCGGCAAAGCUACGCUGGUGGUCCCGGAAGGCAAGCCGGCCGGAACGGUCCGGGUCGCGGCGGCGGAGGACGAGGUCGCGGACGUGGUGGCGGUCGCUUUUGGGCUCAACCGCCCCCAAACCCGACCCCAGACCCAAACCCGUUUGAUAAUGUCUCUGAGGAAUUUGAUCAGCUCAAAGUCACUGAGGACGAAGGCGAUGGAAAUGGCGGUAUCAAUUUCGACGCCUACGAAGACAUCCCGGUGGAGGCGAGCGGCGAGGACAUUCCGCCGCCGGUGGACACGUUUGUCGAGAUCGAUUUGGCUGAAUGCUUGAACGAAAACAUCAAGCGGUGCAAGUACGUGAAGCCCACGCCGAUUCAGCGGCACGCUAUUCCGAUAGCCAUGGCUGGCCGCGACUUGAUGGCCUGUGCUCAGACUGGGUCCGGCAAAACGGCUGCGUUUUGCUUCCCCAUUAUCAGUGGUGUCUUGAACAACGGUCUGGGGUUGUCGCCGGCUCGCGGGGUGGAUCGCGGCGUGUGCCCCACCGCCCUCAUUUUGUCUCCGACGAGAGAGCUGGCUGGUCAGAUUCAUGAGGAAGCUAAGAAGUUUGGUUAUCGGAGUGGGGUGAAGAUUGUUGUUGCUUAUGGUGGAGCUCCAAUUUCUCAGCAGUUGCGUAUUCUGGAUAGAGGUUGUGAUAUCCUUGUUGCAACACCCGGGCGCUUGGUGGACAUGAUUGAGAGGUCACGAGUUUCGCUGAGUAAUAUCAAGUAUUUGGCAUUAGAUGAGGCUGAUAGGAUGUUGGACAUGGGUUUUGAGCCUCAGAUAAGGAGGAUUGUUGAACAAAUGGACAUGCCUCGCUCUGGUGCAAGACAAACGUUGCUUUUCAGUGCUACAUUCCCAGAUGAAAUACAGAGGCUCGCUGCAGAUUUUCUGUCAAACUACAUUUUUCUAUCUGUUGGAAGAGUUGGAUCAAGCACAGGUCUCAUUGCACAAAAAGUUGAACUCGUUGAGGAUAUGGACAAAAGAAACCAUUUGAUGAAGUUGCUUAGCCAGCAGGCAAAUGGAGCUCAUGGAAAGGUUGCUUUAACCUUGGUGUUUGUGGAGACAAAGAGAAGUGCAGAUUCUUUAGAAAACUGGUUACGCAUGAAUCGUUUUCCAGCUAUAGCUAUACAUGGUGAUAAAGUGCAAAUGGAGAGGGAGCAAGCUUUGAGAUUGUUUAAGUGUGGCAAGACUCCAAUAUUGGUGGCGACAGAUGUUGCUUCACGAGGGCUAGACAUCCCUCAUGUUUCCCAUGUCAUCAACUUUGAUCUGCCAAAAAGCAUAGAUGACUACGUUCACAGGAUUGGACGAACAGGGCGUGCUGGAAAUUCAGGUCUUGCAACUGCUUUCUUCAAUGCCAAGAACCAGCCACUCACCAAGGGACUGAUCGAGCUGAUGCAGGAGUCAAACCAGGAGGUUCCAAGCUGGCUGAACGAAUAUGCUGAGGGCGAAUCACAGACGUACAGCAGUGGUGGUGGUGGCCGGAACAGGAGGUCUGGUGGCAGUAAGUUUGGUGGCUAUGACUAUCGUAGGGACUCUCAAUCUGCGCAUGACAGUUAUUACGGUCCAAGCAGCUAUGGCUAUGGAGAUUAUUCUGGGGGCAUGUCUGCUGCUCCCUAUAACGAUGCUACUGCUGCUGUUCCAAACAGCUACGGAAACUAUGAAACUAUUGUUGCUGGUGGGUGGGAUUAGAGAUCUGGAAACUAUGAAACUAUUGUUGCUGGUGGGUGGGAUUGGAGAUCUGCAGAACACCUUGGGUAAUAUUUACAGAGGCUAUAUCUAUAGAUAUAUCUAUAUCUAUAUAUGGUAGUAAAAUUAAUAUAUAAAGGUGCAGAAUUAGUUGCUGAAGACUUAAGUUACAAGUUGGAGAUUUAAGUGAUUAACCAAAUGGGUGCUUUUGGAGCUGCUGCUAACAUGCCCCUUGCUUUUGGUAUCUGUUUUUUGAGUUGGAAAUAGUCUCCCAGAUUUGGAGAGCAACCACAUUUUGUAAAAGUGAUGUGAUCCUGAAUCACAGUUUAAUGGAUUAUUAUUUCCCUCUUCAAAUCUCAA